ACACUGGACCAAGUCCACGGCCUGCGGCCGAACUCCGCCGUGUCGCUUAGUUCGUCAUACCACUGCAAACUGCCUCGUUCUCUCCGCGCUCCGGUCUCCCCAGUCCACGCCGCACAGGCUGGGAGAGCUCGAAUUCCCUCCCGCCUCCCCUCGCCUCGUCCCGGAGAAGGCUAGCUGCCCGGCGAUCCGAGCGCGGCGCCCAUGGCGUUCGACAAGAUCCAGGUCGCCAACCCCAUCGUCGAGAUGGAUGGUGAUGAGAUGACACGAAUUAUAUGGGAAUGGAUCAAAGAUAAGCUUAUAUUUCCUUUCCUGGACUUGGAUAUAAAAUACUUUGACUUAGGUCUACCUAACCGUGAUGCUACUGGGGAUAAAGUAACGAUAGAAAGUGCAGAAGCUACCCUAAAGUAUAACGUGGCCAUCAAAUGCGCAACUGUCACCCCAGAUGAAGGACGCGUAAAAGAGUUUAAUUUAAAAGCUAUGUGGAGGAGUCCAAAUGGGACAAUAAGGAACAUCUUAAAUGGAACUGUUUUCCGAGAACCAAUCAUCUGCAAGAAUGUUCCUCGGCUUGUGCCUGGAUGGACAAAACCCAUAUGCAUUGGCAGACAUGCUUUUGGUGAUCAAUAUCGAGCAACAGAUACAAUCAUUAGAGGGCCAGGGAAGCUCAAGUUGAUAUUUGAUGGCAUAGAGGAACAAAUAGAGUUGGAUGUGUUCAACUUUAGUGGUGCUGGUGGAGUAGCAUUGUCUAUGUAUAACACUGAUGAGUCAAUUCGGGCAUUUGCUGAAGCUUCGAUGAAUGUGGCUUACCAGAAAAGAUGGCCACUUUAUCUUAGUACCAAGAACACAAUCCUGAAAAAAUAUGACGGAAGGUUUAAAGACAUAUUCCAAGAAAAUUAUGAAACAAAUUGGAGAGGCAGGUUUGAGGAUGCAGGAAUAUGGUAUGAACAUAGACUGAUCGAUGAUAUGGUGGCCUAUGCCCUAAAGAGUGAAGGUGGCUAUGUUUGGGCUUGCAAGAAUUAUGAUGGAGAUGUGCAGAGCGAUCUAGUUGCUCAAGGUUUUGGAUCGUUAGGUCUCAUGACAUCGGUUCUGGUGUGCCCUGACGGUAGAACAGUUGAAGCUGAAGCUGCACACGGUACAGUCACACGACAUUACAGAGUCCACCAAAAGGGAGGCGAAACUAGCACAAACAGCAUUGCGUCAAUCUUUGCGUGGUCUACUGGAUUAGCACAUAGGGCAAAGCUCGAUGACAACAAAAGACUGUUGGAUUUCACACAAAAACUUGAAGCUGCUUGUGUGGGAACAGUGGAAUCUGGAAAGAUGACAAAGGAUCUGGCUCUUCUCAUACACGGACCAACUGUUAGCCGUGAUAAGUAUCUGAACACCAUGGAGUUCAUUGAUGCGGUUGCUGAGGAGUUGAGGACAAGAUUGUCCGCAAAAUCGAAGUUAUGAAGGUACUACAAGUCUACAAUUUCCUCUCAUCACAGGGCAACCCGAAGCCGAUGCAGCAGCAGGCGCGCUCAGGAAGCUUGCGAGGAAGUUGCCGCGCUCGUAGAAGUACUCCGCCUUCUCCACCUUCAUCUCCUCGUCAACCUAUCAUCACAUUGUUGCAGCGACCCAUGUCAGUGUCUACUCUGUUAGACUGUUACUGUGAUUCUGUGAAGUCCCAACUCUGAACAAAAGUUGACUGCACUAUCAAGCUGCCAAACUUACGUGGAAAAUGCAGACGCCAAAGAACUCGAUGCGCUGGCCGUGUGGGGGGUGCCCCUUGAACGGCCCCUCCAUGUAACCCCAGUGCCGGAACUUGAAGGUGACCCUUGGCGGGCCGCUGUACACGUCGAGCACCUCGAUGGCGAAGCCCCUGGGGAACGCCGUGAGGAACGUCGACAUGCCGGAGUCGACCGUCUCCUUGUCCGGGUCGUAGAUGCGGUGCUCCGGCGGCAGCUUGGUCGCCAGGAACGCGUUGUAGCCGCCGAUGGCCGUCCACUCCUUCCGCGUCAGAGGCUUCAUCCCUGCAA